CAAUUUCUUUGAUUGUCUAUGUCGUUUUCUUUUUUUGGCGAGAGAUCAUUAGUUUUGACUGACGAACAAAAACUUGAUGAAUCUACUAAUAUUUGGCUAACUACUAUUAGCAAACAUGGUCGUAUUACGUGCAAUUCUUGUAUCUUCCUUAUUAUUUAUCAUUCUAAUUUCUGGAUGGCUAUGCAUUUGGUUUCUUGUCUUCAACGGAGGCAAAAGUGACGUCCAUUUGACACCGGUACCCGACACUAAACCACACACCAAAACCACUGAAAACAUUCCAACAACACAGCAAGCAAAUGAUAUCACUGAAAUACCAACCACAUUAAUUCAAAAUGUAUGUGGUUAUGACGAGGUGCAAGGUACAUACAAAUGUUGUCCUGGAUGGAGUGGUUAUAGAGAAGGUCUAGGAUGUCUUGAAGCAAUUCCUUGCACAGUUGAGAUCCCACAGAAAAUCCGCACCCACUGUAAAGAUAAAAGAGAAAGAGAACUGUCUGCCAUUAAAGGCAUCAAUAAACUUGGCUCAGUAGCUGGUCUACCGUUUGUUUUUACUGAUAUWAGCAUGAAGAAAGCGAUUCAAAAGCAUUUGACCGACCCCUUCACAAAGACCUGGUUGCAACUUUAUAUGUAUUCGGCACGAUUCAGUACAAAGUUGAGAGAAGUAAGCUUUCCUUAUACGCACAAAAAGGAAUUCGYAUCAAUUCAAGACUAUGAAGACGUUUAUUACUAUUUUCUCAAUAGAUACAAACAGAAUUCCAAGUUACCAUCCCAGUAUUUUCGCUAUCCAUUUGACUCUAUGCCCCUGARAAGCGUCGUCAAUAACAUUACUUGGCGAGAAGACAGUACAUUUACUCAGAUGCGCCUGGCUGGAAUUAAUCCAAUGUGUAUCCAACGUGUCACCAAUGAACAAGGCAUUGGCAUUACGUGGCUAGAGUUGACAAGCCGUCUUAAUCGGAAAUUCGAGUGGAAGAACGCAAUUCAAAAAGCUUUUGGAAGAUUAACCUCCUUAGAGAUGAUGAUCAGCGAUGGUUCAUUGUUUGUGUGCCAUUAUCCAUUGUUUGAUAACCUGGUCAAURURCCUGACAUCACUGAACCAARACCUUCACGUAAAAUGUGGCCAUCGAUGUCACCUAUUGCUGUUUUUGUAUCACGAGAAGGAGAGUUGGUUCCAGCAGCCAUACAAAUGGACUACACACAAGAUUCACCAGUCUACACCCCAGAAGACGGUGGUUUAUGGACAUUAGCCAAAGAAGCAUUCCAAGUGACAGACUUUGCAUAUGCCCAGAUGAUUGAACAUCUUCUAAAGACACAUUUUAUGAUGGAACCAUUUUGCACAACAAUACACCGGCAUCUUUCGACUCUGCAUCCUCUACACCAAAUCAUGAAGUUCCACUGCAGAGGUGUUCUACCAAACAAUAAAAUUGGUUUUGCAAAACUAAUGGAAGACAACGGUUCGAUGCAUAAACUGCUUGCUCUCGGUAAUAAAGGUUCUCUUCAAUUAUUCAUGAAAGGGUACUACACCAUGACAUGGAAGGACACAGACUUUAGACGAAAUAUAAAGCGGCGUGGUUUAGAUGACAAGAAAAAGCUCCCUUACUUUCCCUAUCGUGAUGACGGUGAACUUCUUUAUCGUUCAAUCUACAGCUUCGUUGAUGAAUACAUAUCACACUACUACCUAAGUGACGUUGAAGUAAUAGAAGACAAAGAGCUGCAGGCUUUUUCAAAUGAGAUGUCAGCAGAUGGAAAAGGUGAAGACGGUGGAAAUGGAAAGCUGAGAGGAUUUCCAGCCCAAAUCACAAGCCGAGAUCUCCUCAAGGACAUCAUAACACGACUUAUUUGGACAUCCAGUGCUCAGCAUAGUGCUGUCAACUAUCCUGUAGUGCCAUACGCUGCGUUUAUACCAAGCAUUCCGUGCAAAAUAUACGAUGAUACCAGAGUACCCAAUGAUACAUUUAAUAUAUAUCGUCUUCCAAACAGAAAACUAUCCGGGGCUCAAACAGCAAUUUCUCUGGCUCUUGGGUCCUUACACAUUGACGAUCUGUUGGAUUAUGGACCACAAUUACCGGACAAAGCGGGAAGCGAGAUUGUCAAGAAACAUUAUCGUCAUCUUGUCACUCAAGUGAAGAGACAAAUGGAUGACCGUAAURAAGAACGACUUCAACUGGGCUACCUGACCUACCCUUGGCUUACUCCUGGAUGGGUACCUAACGGCAUUAGCACUUAGAACAAUUAUGGACACAACAAAACAUGUUCU